AUGCCACAACUACGAUUGCCCCCGCUACCUACAAUAGGCGAUAUCAUUCGUAUGUAUGGCCUAAGAGCAGAAAAACAGUUAUCGCAGAACUUUCUUCUUGACAUGAAUCUGACGGACAAAAUAGUACGACAUGCUGGGUCUCUUAACGGCAGGUAUGUUUGUGAAGUUGGUCCAGGUCCAGGUGGUAUUACAAGGUCGAUACUACAUUCUGGUGCUAAGAAAGUUAUCGUGAUCGAAAAAGAUCAAAGAUUUAUGCCUAGUUUGGAAUUAUUAGCAGAAGCUAGUGACGGGCGACUUGGUUUAAUUCAUGGUGAUGUAAUGAAGUAUAACAUGAGGAACAUGUUUCCCAAUGACCUCAGGAAAGCCUGGGAAGAUGAUCCACCAGAUGUACAUAUUAUUGGUAAUCUUCCAUUCAGUGUCUCUACUCCCUUGAUAAUUAGAUGGAUGGAAGCCAUCUCUUCCCACUCUGGACCAUUUUCCUAUGGCAGAGUACAGAUGACCUUGACUUUCCAGAAAGAGGUUGCUGAGAGGUUGGUGGCAGGAGUUGGUGACCCACAACGAAGCAGAUUGUCCAUUAUGUCGCAGCACCUUUGUAAAGUUAAGCAUGCAUUUACAAUACCUGGAACAGCAUUUGUGCCAAAACCAGAUGUUGAUGUUGGUGUUGUUCAUUUCACACCUCUAAUAGAUCCUCUCAUUCAGCAACCAUUUAAACUUGUAGAGAAAGUUGUCAGAUGCUUGUUUCAGUUUAGAAGGAAAUACUGCAAGAGAGGUGUUGAAAUUUUAUUUCCCUAUGAUUACCAGGAAUUAGUAGAUGAUGUGUUCGAAAUGACCGGUGUUGAUCCUUCAACAACACCGCAAUGGCUCACAGUGGACGAUUUUAAUAGGUUAUGUAUAGCUUAUAACGAUAUUUGUAGUCGAUAUCCAGGCAUAAUGAAUUAUAAUUAUAGGUAG